GUACGUUUCAGUUUCCAAGUUUGUGCAGUUGCAGCUGAACGCACCCUACAUCCAUUAUUUUGUCCUUGACGUAAAAAAAAAUACCUACUGUUGUUGUUCUACUGCCUUCUUUUCCGCUCAGUGCGAUGGAUGUUAAUGUUAUGUCAAACGAAAGCUAUUUUUUUUUCUCGAAAGUUCAACAAUUUCGUGAUUUUUUUUAACAUUGACCGGAAUAUUUAUCCUCGUUGAGUGACAUAUAAACUUAAUUAUACGAUCGUAGUGUAUCCACGAACAAAUGUGCACGACGAUAAACCUGUUAUCAUUUCACGACAAACCUAAGUUAUCGGUAAGUCUAGUCUGUAAUAUUGUUUUCGUAUAGUUACUUAGCUAUUUUUAAAACAUUUGUAUUAAUUUACUACAUGGUCAGCGGCCAGUAACACUAACAUUUUAUUAUUGAGUUGUUUUAACUCCAGUGAUAAAGUAUUUCGAGUAUUUAAGUGGGCCUAGUAAAUAUUCAAAAUACCGAUAAACCAGCUGAUCAGUAGUCAUGAAGUCACUGGCUACAAUUGUGAGCUAAUGAAAGUUUUUUUUUGAAAGACGAUGCUUUUGUUGUGUAUUUUUUGAAAUAUUGUAUACCUUUUAAGCUGUUGUACUGUCAAUAAAGUUGGGGAUAAUAUAAUUAUCCCAUUUAUUAUAUUUAAUGGUAUGUAUGCUUGGGGAAUAGAAAUUAAAAAUAUCUAAGUAUAGAGAGCAAUAAAAUCUAGGUAGGUACCUACUACCUAGAUACUUGCCAUGAAUAAUUUAUUAAUUUCACUUGAGUUUUCCGCAACAAGUUCUCUCACUAGUUUAGUAUAUAAACAUAAAUAAAUUAUAUACUUGUAUUAAUUUAUAAAACCAGCUAUUAGCAUAAAGUAGGUAGGUACAUUUUAAAAUUUCACUUUUUUGUACAAUCCCUGUAUAAUUUUGUCUAAAUUAAUUUUUGAUAAACUAUAACUCAAUAAAAAAUAAAGAUUAAUAAUAGUACCUAUUAAUCUAUUUGAAAAAUAUUAAAUUAAUAUUGCCUACCUACCUAUAUGAUAAACUAUAUUAUACAUUUUUAUUUCACACAUAGUAUGUAUGACAUUUUAAUUAGAUACUUAGAUAUAUUUUAUUUUUGGAGAGAUAAAUUACUAACCAAAUUAAAAAUAGUUAAAUACCUACAGUUUAAUUAUUUGAAUUUAUAUUUUUUUUUUUAUAGGAAAGUAAAAAUAAUCCUUUAUAAUAUUAUGAUGUACCUACGUACUAUACAUUUUUUAUUGAAAAUACUAAAAUAAUAAUUAUUUCAAACAACAGUUGUAUUUGUUGUUAAGUUUUUAUAUAUACCUAUUGGUAUUGGUAUUUGGAAUAAAAAUCUCCAACCCAUUUUUUUUUUUUUUUUUUUUGGAUCUUAUUUAAAACUUGUUUAAAACAGCUAACCUAAGAGUUACGCAGUUCAGUGGAUAAUUAUUAACUUAGAUAUGAAUAUUAUUGUUAUGCUUAGUAUCUGAAUUAAUAUAAUGGUCGUUUAAGUGUCAUAAGUUAUAAUUAAAAUUAAAUUGAGCACUACCUACUAUCUAGUUAAAAAUAUGGUUUUGUUAUGUAGGUAGUUAAGAUAGAUAAUAAUGGAUUUUUUUUUUUUUACAGGACAUCAAUCGUUUAAAUGUGUUACAUAAAAAAAGAAGUGUAGCAUUUAAAGAAAAAGUACUGUAGAUACAGUUUCUUACAAAAUUCCCAUCAAUUAAAAUGGCUGCUGGAUCUCCACAGGAUUUAGAUGGAUUUUUACCUUUAUUAUCAACUUCUGAUAUACGAAUGAAAGUUACCGUUGGUGGUAAACUAUUUACUUAUUUAGAAGAACCAUGUAACUCUGUAGAAUGUUCUGACAUUGGGAUGUUUAUUGAUGGCAUUGUUCAAUGGUUAUCAAAUAGUAAUCCUAAAGUUACUCAAUAUGGAAUUGAAAUAAUUACACAACUGAUAACUAGAAUGAGAACAGAUUUUAGACCGUAUAUUUCUACUGUAUUACCUUUAGCUGUAGAUCGACUUGGUGAUAGUAAAGAAUCAAUAAAAGUGAAGGCACUUUUUCUUAUUAUGAAAUUAAUGGAAUGUGAUACAAUUAGCCCUCAAGCAUUAUUUGACAAAAUAUCGGCAAAUGCGUUUUAUCAUAAAAAUAGUAAUGUUAAAGAAGGAGCUAUGAAAUUAUUGUUGUCAACUGUUGAAGAAUUUGGUACAAAUUGUAUUACCAUAUCAAAAAUUGUACCUAUGAUUGUAAAACUUUUAAGUGACCCAAAUGUUCAAGUAAGACAUAAAGCAUUCGAAACACUUAUUGAUUUAUAUAAACAUGUAGGGGAAAAGUUACGUGUUGAUAUACAAAAAAAGUAUACAAUUCCUCAAGGCAAAAUGACAGACUUAAUGAAUAAAUUUGACGAAGCUAAAGCAGCUGGUGAUUUAUUACCAACAGCUUUUGUUGGUCUUAGUUUAGCUGAUGAUGAUGAGACUGAUCGUGCUUGUAUGUCAGCACCUAGACGCAUUCCUGGUAGUGUUAAAAGGCCAGGUUCAUUUCAUCCUCCAAAUACUGCAACCCCAUUACAACGAAGUGGUUCUGUACGAAAACCUUGUUCAGCUUCAUCCACUUCUUCUCAUGCAGGUGCUGUUGAUGAAGAUACAUUUAUUCGAUCCUUUGAAGAUGUUCCUACAAUCCAGAUUUUUAGUGUACGGGAUUUAGAUGACACUAUGAAAAAAUUACAUGAAUCCAUUCAAGAUGGAAACGAACAAUGGAAUAAAAGAGUUGAAUCAUUGAAGAGGGUCAGAUCACUUGUAUUAACUGGAGCAACAAAAUAUGAAGAGUUUUUUAAUAAUUUGAGGUAUUUAGAACAUUCCUUUCAAACGUCUGUCAAAGACUUGCGAUCUCAGGUUGUUAGAGAAACAUGUAUUACUAUAGCAUUUUUAUCUCAGCGUUUGGGUAUUAAAUUUAAUCACUUUGCAGAGUCUAUUUUUAGCAAUUUAAUUGACCUCAUACCAAAUUCAGCCAAAGUAACUGCUUCUUCAGGAUUAGUUGCUAUUAGAUUUAUUUUAGAACAUACUCAUGCUCCUCGAAUAAUUCCUAUUCUUGCAACUAGUCUAGGAUCAAAAUCAAAAGAUAUCCGCCGUGCUUGUUGUGAAUUCUUUGAUCAAAUUCUACGGACAUGGCCAGUUCAAGCAUUGGAAAGACAUAUAACAAUACUUCAGGAUUCCAUUAAAAAAGGUAUAGCAGAUGCCGAUUCAGAUGCUCGAGUUUUGUCACGAAAAGCUUAUUGGGGAUUUUGUGAAAAUUUUCCUGACCAAGGUGAAAUAUUAUUAAAUAAGCUGGAACCUGCAUAUCGUAAAGUAUUACUUACGAAUACUGGAUCAAGUUCGUGUUUACCAAAGUCUGUAAUGGCAGAAAGUGCAAAAUUACCUUCACGUCGACCAGUUACCCCACAAAGUAGUAUUUCAAUGAGAUCGAGUAGCGCCAUCGAUUUGCAAGCUGCUCAAAGAGCUAAAGCUCGUGCUCAAUAUGCAGCUCUUGCUAGACAAAAAGUUAAUCCUAUGGUUUCCCCACAAUCUGUUUCUAAGAAACCCAAUGAAGAUAUGCACCAAGUUGAUAGAAUUGGAAGGUCAAGAGGUCGAGUAUCGAUAUCACAACCAACUAGUCGUUCAGGAUCACCGUCUUCAAGAUUUACAUUUGGUCAACCAAAAUCUAGAAGAGGUAGUUCUGGUAUACCUAGAUCUCAAGAUACUAGCAGGGAAGCUAGCCCUAAUAGGUAUAGUUCCCUUGGAUCACAUUCAAGUAGUAGACGUCCACCUAUUUUGCCAACAUCUAGACCAAUAAUGGCACAGAAAAUAUUAAUGCAAAGUCGAGAAGCUGAAUCUGCUUUGGCUGAUGCACUAGGUAGUACUACUAGUCAUAAAUCUCCAAGAAAGAUAUUGGGAAGGUCAUUGGAUGAUCAUAGUGAUGAGAGUGAGACAUCUAGUAUUUGUUCUGAGCGAUCAUUUGAUUCCCAUAAGCGGCCAUCAGAUUCAUAUUAUUGGAAUGGUUCACAACAUCGCUUACAUAAAGAAAUUUGGGAGAACUCUAGUUUAGACAUUGAAGAUAUAAUAUUAAACUGUGAAAGUUCAAACUGGAAUAACCGUAAGGAAGGCUUAGUCAGUUUACAAAGAUAUUUGCAACAAGGACAUAUUAUUAAUGAAGUAUUAUUAAGAAGAUUAACAGAUGUGUUUACUAAAAUGUUUAUGGAUUCGCAAACUAAAGUCAUAAGUCUUUUUUUGGAUGCUCUUAAUGAGCUAAUUGUUACUCAUAGUCAACACUUAGAACAUUGGCUGUAUAUUCUUUUAGCUAAGUUAUUCAACAAAGGAGGUUCUGAUAUACUUGGUUCUGUGCAUUCAAAAAUAUUAAAAACAAUGGAGAUAGUAAGAUUGUCAUUUCCUUGUGAUUCUCAGCUUACUGCUGUAUUUAAAUUUCUCACAGAUCCUACACAAACACCUAAUGCUAAAAUGAAAAUAUUUGCCAUGAGUUAUAUAUCAAAAUUAGCUGUUACUACAGAUCCGGGGUCUGCAUUUCCUUCUUCUUUAGAUGGUAAAAAAGAUUAUGCGACUUUAGCAUUAACAAAAAUGAUUGGAUGGACUAUGGGUAAUAACAUAAAACAAGGUCCCGAAUUAAGACGUGCCGCUCAGGAAGCUAUACUAGCUCUUUAUAGUUUAAAUGCAUCUCAAAUCACAUUGAGGUUGUCUCAGUUACCAGAAGAGUAUCAAGAAGCAGUUUCUGGUCUCAUUAAAAAUAGAGUGAGAAGAAAUAGUGUUGAUCAAUUAAUGUCUCCAAAAUAUAACCGACAGUCACCUACAAAUCUUGCUUCACCACCAUUACAACCUGAUUCUACUGAUGCUUUCAAUUCAGAAGAGAUAUAUAAGUCAUUAAAACAAACUACUGCUGAAAUACAAAAGUAUAGUUUAGAAUGCCAUUAUACUGGAGAGAGAGAUGCUACUUCCUAUGAUUCCGGAAUUAGUCAAAUGUCUGCACGAACUGAAACAGAUAAUCAUAAUUUUAAUGGUUAUAAAAAUGGUCAUACUACUGCAGAUGGAAUAAUAAAAAUAGUUGAUGAAUUAGAUAAGGAUACUUUACAGCUUGAUGAUAAACAAUCAAAUUUAAAUCGUCUGAAAGAAUUAAUUAGAGAUGGGCCUUCUGAUGUUCUUAUAAAAAAUUUCAAAAAAAUUAUCAAAGUAAUUUUAAAAUUAUUAAUGGAUAGUGUAUCAAAUGUGCGAGAACAAGCUAUAAUUGUAAUUACAUUUCUGGUUCAAAAACCAGAAAUGAUUUCCUGUUUUUCCAAUUUCACUGAAUUGAUUAUAUUAAAAGUAUUAAAUAUGUGUUGUGAUCCAUGUAAACCAGUUGUUAAAGUUGCAGAAGAGUGUUCGUUUGCUUUAAGUGUAUCAUUACAACCAGAAACAGUAGUCAGAGUAAUCACCCCACUGAUAUCAGCAAAAGAAUUUCCAGUCAAUUUGAUGGCAAUCAAAAUGAUGACUAAAUUGGUCGAUAUGUAUGGUAGCCCUCCUGUAGCUGCUCAAAUGAAAGAAAUAAUGCCUGGUCUACUACAAGGCUACGAUAAUCCUGAUAGUGCUGUCCGAAAAUCAGCUGUCUUUUGUAUGGUUUCAUUGCAUAAAGUAUUUGGGGAACAAGAAUUUGCACCUCACAUAUCGAGUCUAAAUGGUGCCAAGUUAAAGCUGUUGAAUUUAUAUAUUGAACGUGCUCAACAGUCUUCUCCAACAUCACCCAAGACCAAUUCGUAAAAUAAUUUUAUUAAUAUAAUCGUUAUCGAACAAAAAACAAGUCCAAUGAAGGUAUUCCAUUAAAAGUUUUAAAUACUCGUAUGUUAUAUUCAAGUCGCCUAUUAACUUGUACAUACAUUUUGGGAUGCUCAAAAAGAUAUAUUAAUACUUUAGUCAUUUUUAACUGUCACCUUUUAAGACAAACACAUAACCUAAAUGUUUCACAUUAUCAUAUUAUAUAUUUUUUAAUUACUAAUAUAAGUGUAAUAAAAGUCAGUUAUUGUAUACAAAUUACAAUAACAAAUUUUUAUAUGCCAACCCUAACAAUCUCGUAAGUAAAAACAAUUAAGAGAUUGCUUAUUAACCAAAAAUAUAUAACUAUUUUUAUUCGGUUGUAAAAUAAUGUUUUGUAACUGUAUAGGUUAGUUGCUAAUAUUGCUAUUGGUUAAAUUAUUUUUGACUUGUUAAGAUACUAUUGUAAACUUUUUUUUUUAGAGUAGUUCUUGAACAUCUAUUUUAAUUAAAGUACUGAUUUCCAUUAAUCGUUUUUUUUUUUUUUUUGUAAUUCUUUUCUUUAAGUUUAAAGAUAUUUUGUUGUCAUAAAUGAUAUUAUGUUUUGUCCGUAUCGUCACAUCAACAAGUAUUAUUUCAUUAGUUAAUAAAUCUAUUUAUUCAAUUAUAUUUUUUAACAUUUUAUAAUAAGCUUACAUUUUUUAGUCACAAAAGUUUAAAGUUUAAAUUAUGCUUUAUAAUUUGUAUUCAUACAUUUUUAUUUAAUUGUUGUGCCACUAUUGUAUUCAAUGAUUUUGUUGAAAAAAAAAGGAGUUGUGAUAAUUAUUUUAAUAUAGUUCAGCUAUUUUAUAUUUCCAUUUUAUCCAAUGAAAAAUAAAUUAAAGAACAAUAAAAUAAAACAAUACACAUGAGCUUAAUAUAAAUACAAUAAUAUACACAAAAUUUAUCUUUCACAAUUUAUGUACAUCAUUUGUUAAUUGUUUUGUUUAUAUUUGUUCAUAUUUAUUUAUUCAGAUUAUUUUUAACCAAAAAUUGUUUCAUCUGUAUUGUUUUAUUAUUAAAAUAAGAAAUAAUUGUUAUUUCGUUUUUUAUACGGUUUGUAGUUUAAGUAAGUUAUAAUUAAUAAAUAAAAUGUUAUGAAUGUAAAAUGUAUUGACACUAGUGGCACGCUAAUUUUUGUGAAAAAUACUUAUGAAUUAUUAAAUUUAAAAAAAAUAUUGUCAUGUUCAAUUUUCUACAAAUUUUUGUUUAGUUUCUUCUACUUGUGAAUCUAGUAGUAUACAUGCAUUAUACUUCCAUUAUAAUUUUGUGAUUUUAUUUUUAUGGUAACUAUUGUUUUAAUGUUAUUUUAAUUUUUGUACAAAAGCCAUAAUAAAAUUAAAACCAAAUAAAUGUGUUUUUA